UGUGUGUGUGUGUGUGUGUGUAACGACGUGCGUGCAGGGGCCUGCGUGUGUGUAUGGGCCUCUCCUCCGGCCUCUCCCUCCGCCACGUCAUACUGGUGCCGGUGGCGCCCCCCGGCGCACCCGCAACCGCCGCUGCUACUGCUACUGCUACUGCCGCCGCGCCUGGCGAAGCUGGCACACCUGCUACAGCCCCAAGAAAAUCCGGCAACGGCACCACCACCACCACCGCCACGCCCACGCCCACCGCGCCCACGCCCACUGCCUGCCGAUUCGGACGCAAGCGCAGCAGCAGCCGCCCCGCCACAACCGCCACCACCACCACUCCCGCCACCACCACAACAACAACCUCCACCACCACAACCGCCGCCGCCAACUGUCGCGUCGCCUACACCGGCCCCAGCCUGGCCAUAGCGCACGCGGCGGCGCUGGCGGCCGGCGGCACGGCUGCGCGUGUGCUGCUGAGCGGCGGCUGCUACAAGCAGCUGGGCGGUUGGGCGGCGGACGUGUCGCGGGGGGAUGCGGCAGCCACGGUACUCAACGUCGGCGAGUUCCGGCUGCUGCGGCCCUGUCGCAUCCCCACGCCCCUGGACCUGUACAUGCCUCUGGCGCAGUCUCUGGGUCCGGCCCUGGCGGCGCACCGGCGGCCGCGUGGCGCGUUGCAGACACAGGGCGGAGUCAUGGAGGCGCCUCUGGGCGACGCCACGAUCGUGUUCGCCAAUGUGGUGGGCAUCAGCACCCUACUGGCCUGGGACAUCGUCGAGGCCAAGGCGGCUCUGGCGCUGCUGCAGGCGGAGGCUUCCCGCCAGCUGGCCACAUUCGGGGGCUACCUGGUGGAGCUGGCGGAUGGUCUGGUGCUGGCGGCGUUCACGGACCCGGCGGCGGCGGUGCGCUGGGGUCUGGCGGUGUUGGGGCGGCUGGUGGGCGCGGCCUGGAGCAGCAGGCUGCUGGAGCACGAGCUGUGCGAGGAGGUGCUGGUGUCGGAUGUGCGGCCCGUACACGGCGGCGGCGGCGAGGGCGGCGGCGGCGGCGGCGGCAGUCCUGCGCCGCGCCGCCCCGCCGCCUUUGCCAAUCUGCACACACACGCCGACCUCUUCGGCUCGCCAACCGCCGGCGUUGUCAACGCCGCCGCCGCCGCUGCGUACCCGAACGGCCACCAACCGCCCGGCGGCGGCGGCGCCGGCGACGCGGCGGGCGGCUCGGCGGCGGGCGGCCACGGCGGCACGUCGGUCACCGGCGUUGCGGUUGGCGGCGGCGGUUAUGGUUACGGUUACUCGGCAUCCGCCAGUCAGUCACAGGCGCAGGGCGUGUCGGUGCCCCUCACCAUGCUCCCGGUGGCGGCGACCGCUGCAAGUGCGGGGGCACACGGCGGCGGCGGAAGCGCGUCGGCCCAACUGCCGCCGCCGCUGCUACUGCCGGUGUCGCAUCCCAUUGCUGGCGCGCUCCGAUCCACGCCGCUGCCGCUGCUACAGCUGGCGGCGGCGAAUUCUGCGGCGGCGGCGGCGGCGGCUGCUCGCAGCGCCGGCGGCGCGGCGGCCGCCGCCGGCGGAGGAGGAGGCGGCGGAGGAGGCGGAGGCGGCGGUGGCGGUGACACGGCCAGUGAUUUGUUGCUGAUGCCGGGUGAGGAUGAGGACGACGAUGGAAAGAGCGAGGGCGAGGAGGACUUCAACGGAAGCUUCCCUGGCGGCGUGACAUCUCCGGGCACUGCUACAGCCACAGCUACAGCCAACAGCGGCGACGUCGCGCGUGCUACAGCCGCACCCGGUGGCGGCGGCGGCGGCGGCGGCGGCGGCGCCAUGAGCUCGGGGGGAAUAUCCGAGGCAGUGGCGGCGGCUGCUGCAGCGGCGGCGGCUGCAGCGGCGGCGGCGGCGGCGGUUGAUGGCCCGCAGGAGCGCAUCAGUGCGAGAGGCAUGCUGCCCGCGUCGUCCUUUGGGCACGGCGGCGGCGGCAGCGGCAGUGGGGCGAAUGCUGGCGGUGGUGGGGCGGCGGCGGCGGCGGCGGCGGGGCAGCACACGCGCGUGUUGUACCGCGGACUCCGAUUGCGGGUGGGUCUGGACCUGGGCCCGGUUAAGGCCGAGGUGUCGGCGGUCACGGGUCGGGUGUCGUACCGCGGCCGAGCCAUGAACCGCGCCGCACGCAUCGCGGCCAAGGCGCCGGCGGGGCAGCUCUGGUGCAGCAGCGACGUUUGGCGCGCGUGCUGCCUCUCCGCCGAGCCACCGCCGCCGCCGCACGUUGUGCCCUCGCCCUCGCCCUCGCCCCACCCACACCCACACCACCCACACCACCCACACCAGCCGACCAGCCGGCCGCAGCCACUGCCGCCCAGUGCCGCGGCGGCAGCGGCGGCGGCGGCAAAUGCGGCGGCGACGGCGGCGGCGGCGUCAAUUGCGGCGGCGGCGGGAGCGCGCCGUGUCAGCUCCAAUGACGGCGUUGGCGGCGCCGUUGGCGGCGGAAGCGCCGCCGCCACUCCAACCGCCGCCGCAACCGCAACCGCCGCCGCGCCAACCGACAACAGCACUCGCACGUUGGCGCUGCCGCCAAAGCGGUUGCUCACCGGUGACAGCCUCAUGGGCGGCGGCGGCGGCGGCGGCUCCGUAACGGCUGGCGGCGGCUUCACGGCCAGUGGCGGCGGCGGUGGCGGUUGGGAGGAUCCGUUGGAGUGGCGGUUACCGUUGGCGGCUCGCUACCUGGGGCAGCACGUGCUCAAGGGCGUGUCGGAGCCAAUGGACCUGUGGCACUGCAGGUUCGACCCCCAGAGCCAGGGCGGCACCCACAGCGGCCAGCACGCACACGCACACGGGCACGCACACGUCGGCCCGCCGCCCACCUCUCCCGCCCCCCGGCCCCCCGGCGGCGCCGCCAGCAGCCUAGCAGCCGAGCUGCUUGGCCGCAGCGGCAGCCGCCCCCGGGCGAACUCACUCACAGGCGUUGGCGGCGCCGCCGCCAGCAGCAGCAGCAGCCAGUUCCACACGGCCGGGUUCUACCAGUCAGCCAUCAUGCGUGCUACAGCCGCCGCCGCGGCCGCGGCCGCUGCUACAGCCGGUGUUGGGGGCGGGGCCGCUGACGCUGAGGCGGAGUCUUACGGAGUGAUGGGAGGCGGUGGAGGCGGAGGUGGUACGUGGUACAUGACUGGCGGCGGCGGCGGCCUGGGGGCGGCGCCGGCGCCGCCGUCGGCGCCGCCGCUGUCCCGCUUUUCAGCUCUGCAUCCGGCGAUGGUGGGGCUGGGGCCUCCUGACGGGUACGACAGGGGAGGAAGUCAGGUUGUAUCCGUGCCUAACCCGGACACCGGGCAAGGAGCGCCGCCGCCGCCGCCGGCCCCGGCAGACGAAGCGGCGGCGGCGGCGGCGGCGGCGGCGGCGGCGGCAGUAGCACCGGCCGCCAGCAGGGGAGCCCACGGCGUCAUGGAGUAUGCAGAAUAUCCAGGCGCCCACGCCUACGGUGCUACAGCCGCUGUGCUCAGCUCCGCUACUGCUGCUACUGCUGCAGCCGCAGCGGCUGCUACUGCCGAGUCUCUCCCAGGCAGCAGCAAUGGCACGUCGCCAUCGAGCACGCCAACCGCCGCGUCAGCGUCGGCGCUGGCUACCGGUACAGCCACUGCUACUGCCGCUGCUGCGGGUGGUGGCGGCUUCAUGGCUGUAGCUGCUGCUGCUGCUGCGGGGUCGGUCCGCAGCGCCAGCCGCCUGAGGAACGUCAGCAGAGUGGGGCAGCAGUUUGGCGGCGGGCCGGAGCCGUCGUAUGCCCCGGACGACAUCGGCAGCGACGGCGGUAACAGCGGUGCCGCUGAUAGUCCAGAUUCUUUGGAGGGAGUGGCUCAACAGACGUCGGCGGCUUUGCGGCGGCUGCACCACCCGCCGCGGCCGCGGCGCCGGUCGAUACUGGGGCCGCAGCCGGCGGCGCAGCAGCGGCAGCUGCAAGGGCAGAUGCAGCAGCAGCCGCAGCAGCAGAAAGAGGAGCAGCAGCAGCAGGAAGAGGUGGAGAAGGAGCAGCAGGAGGAAGAGGAGAGGGGGUUGCGAACGCCGCCGUCGCCCCUGGCCGCGCAGGCGGCGGCCGAGGCGGCGGCGCCCGAGGGCGAGUACGCGGUCGAGGUACCUCAGGCCUUGCAUGCUGGAGGCGUGGCUGGCAGUAGCACCGCCGACGGCCCUGAAACUAGGGGCAUGGAUGCGUUGGCGACAUUACCGGCCACGUCGGCGCUUGCGUCAGUACCAAACGGCGACUCCAGUGGCGGCGCUGGCGGCGGCAGGGGCGGAGAAGACGAUAGUGGCGGCGGCGCAGCAGCAGCUGGUGUCGCGGGCGCCGCCGCCGCCGCCAGCAGCGCCAGCAGCGGCGCCGCCGCCACCUCCGUCAUGGGCGGCAGCGGCGGCUGUGACGGCGGCAGCAUGUGGGUCGGCGGCUUCAGUGUGGGCGGCCGCCUGCCGCUACAGGGGCAGCAGGAGCAGGGGCCUCAGGGGCCUCAGGAGCAGGGACCUCAGGGGCCACAGGGGCAGGGUUUUGGUGGAGGCAUGACGCUGUUGGAGCACCUGCGGGAGGAGGAGGGGGCGGAGAGGGCGGCGGCGGGCGCAUGGCUGCUGGCGGGGCAGGAGGAGGAGGGCGGCGAGGGGCAGGAGGGGCAGGGGGAGGGGCAGGGGCAGGGGGAGGGGCAGGGGCAGGGGCAGGGGCAGGAGGGGGAGCAAGGGUUGGGAGCGAAGUGAACGAGGGUGGACGGACAGGUGGCAGGAUUGCGUGCGCGUGAAGACGCGUUUGAUUAUUGGUGAACGGCACAUGAAAGAUCGAUGUGUGUGUGUGUUAAAGCGCACAAGGAAAACCUUGCGCAAAGACAGCGUAUGCGAUGCAGCAAAGCGACAGUUUACGGAUGUUACCUGAAGUUACCUCGCAUACCUGUGUGUGUGUGUGUGUGUGUGUGUGUGUGUGUGUGUGUGUGUGUUUGUAUGUAAGAGGCAGUAGCGGUGCCUGGUUAUGAAGUAAGGGGCCAGCGGUCAUACGGGCACCCGGCGCGGCGUGUGCCAACGCAUAGCUAGUCCAGGGAGCUCCAGGAGCUGACUGCUUGAGUGCUGCAUCUGCACAAUACGCGCAUGCUCACGUUCGGGGUUAAGGGUUCUGGGCUAGUUAGGGCUGUCAUAUGGCCCAUGUGUGGCUUAGCGCGGCAUGUGGGUUGUCCGCCUACCGUAGAGUUAAUAGACGUACGCGUGUGGUGAAGGUCUUGCCUCAACAAACGCUGAUCGGGUCCUCAUGGGGCCAGUGCAUCUGCGCCAUUUACACCCAAACAGGCAGCAAAGUCUCUCAAAU